AUGGCCACCAUGGAGAGAGUCUUUGGCGACUAUGAGGCACGCAAAGCCGUGCUCGCCAGCAGCACCAAUCCGUUCGCCAAAGGAAUCGCCUGGAUUGAGGGCGAACUUGUCCCAUUCCACGAAGCAAGAAUUCCACUGCGUGAUCAGGGUUUUCUACACAGUGAUCUCACAUACGAUGUUCCGGCAGUCUGGGACGGACGGUUCUUUCGACUAGACGACCAUUUGGACCGCCUAGAACUAAGCUGCAAGAAAAUCCGCCUGCAGUUGCCAAAGCCCAAGGCCGAGAUUAAGGAGCUGCUUUUCCAGAUGACGGCGAAAUCGGGGAUUCGCGAUGCCUUCGUCGAGUUGAUUGUUACACGGGGCCUCAAUGGUGUUCGCGAGUCGAAACCUGAGGAUAUCGUCAACACCCUGUACAUGUUCAUUAUUCCCUAUGUGUGGUGCAUGGAACCCGAGAUCCAGAGAGUCGGCGGCAGCGCGAUUAUUGCACGGACAGUGAGGCGAGUCCCGCCUGGUGCGAUCGAUCCGACCGUGAAGAAUCUGCAAUGGGGCGAUCUCAUCCGCGGCAUGUAUGAAGCGAGAGACAGGAAUGCGAUGUAUCCGUUCCUCACAGAUGGCGACUCGAAUCUGACUGAAGGUUCUGGCUUCAAUAUCAUUUUCAUCAAGGAUCGGGUCUUGUACACACCUGACCGGGGUGUCUUGCAUGGCGUCACGAGGAAGAGUGUCUUUGAUGCGGCUCGUGCACAUGGCAUUGAGAUUCGGUGCGAAAUCGUGCCCGUCGGGCUUGCAUACCAGGCAGAUGAGAUCUUCAUGUGCACGACAGCGGGUGGUGUUAUGCCUAUCACCACUCUCGACGGAGAGAAGAUCAACGGUGGGAAGAUCGGGCCCAUCACAAACGCCAUCUGGGACAAAUACUGGGCUAUGCACUGGGAUCCAGUGUAUAGUGCUGAAGUUGACUAUGCCAUGUUCAAGGGCAAAUUAUAA